AUGGCCACCCCCGGAACGCAAUAUAUGAUGCAAGCCGGUCUUGCAACAGGCAUGUCCGCAACAGAGGGUAUGCACUCGCCGCACCUUCGACCAGUGGAUCCCAAUCUCAGCGACCCAGCCCACGUACUGCCGUCAGACCUCGUGCCUAAUUCACAGACCCGAAUGGCUCUGCAUGGCCGGGGUGGACAGGACGUCCUCAUCCCGUACCUGAGCAUCGGGGCCUGGUCCUGGGGCGACAAAGCUACGUUCGGAUAUAACGCGACUCAUGAUCUACCAAGGAUCCACGCAGCCUGGCAGAAACUCAAGGCAAUCGGACUAACCUUCGUGGACACCGCACAAGCUUAUGGCGACGGCGAGAGCGAGAGAAUCUGCGGGACGCUUUUUGAGGGUAUGCCCCGGGACUCAUUCGUCGUACAGACCAAAUGGCAUCCCACAUCGACGAUCAAAAACACAAUUAUGCAAUCCAGCAGUCCGAAGAAGAUGCUCCAGGGCUCACUUGAUCGCCUGGGCCUGGGGUAUGUGGAUAUUUACCUUGUUCAUGGGCCCAUCCACCCAGGCAAUAUUUCGACAAUCGCCAAGGGUUUAGCGGAUUGUAUGGAGUCCGGCCUCACUCGUGCCGUUGGAGUGGCCAACUACAGCACGCAAGAAAUGAUUAAGAUGUCAGAUCAGUUGGCCAAACACGGGUUUCCGCUCGGCGUGUCGCAAUGCGAGUACUCCGUCAUCCGUCGUCUUCCCGAGACAAGCGGGAUGAUCCGUGAAUGCAAGAGGCGGAGUAUAUGUUUCCAGGGAUUCGCAUCACUAGCUGAGAGUCGGUUGUCUGGGAAAUAUUCGCGUUUCAACCAGCCCCGGCGAACGCUGCGAUUCAGUAGCUAUCCGAUGCACAUGCUGGAGCCAACCAUCACUGUGCUCAAGGCUAUUGCGGAGAAACGCCAUGUGCCUGUUCCAGCUGUGGCGUUAAACUACUCCAUUAAUAAAGGAGUGGUGCCUCUAGUGGGUAUUCGAAAUCCAGAACAGGCGGAUCAAGACAUGCAGGCACUGGGCUGGCGGUUGACAGAAGAGGAGAUCAUGCAGAUUGAGGAGGUGAGUUUGGAGGGUCAGACCUCUUCGAUGCUGCAACACGGUUAG